AUGGCAAUGAUGGUGUUGAUGUCGGACUCCAGCGACGUCACCCCGAGCAGGUUGUCACCACCACCUUCGGACGUACUCUUCCCGCCCCAAACCGAAGAAAAGGGCAAUAGGAAGGCACAUGCUUUCAAGCUGUGGCGCUCUCGCGUGUCGCCUUGGAACGUGCGGGGUCCGGGUGUCGGCAACGAAGGCAUCGGUGAAGGGUUGCCUUUGAGCGUGCCUGAUGACGGCGGCGGUAUGGCAUCGUCGUCCGCGGUGGCAUCGAGCGUGAAGUGGGCCAUGGCGGACUGGUUCGAUGUUGUCAAGUGCGUGCAGGACAAGGAAAGGUGGGUGAUCGUGCAGGUGGAUCCGUUGUGCUACGCAGUGAGGGCGUUGAUGCAGACAGUUGGUGUCGAGGUUGUAAGUGAGGUGGAUGGAGAAGCGGCAGGUCUCGGAACCGGAGAGGAAGGUCGUGGGGGAGAAAAACGUCAAACACGGGAAUUGAAAGCGUCAGAAAAUCACCGAGGAACCAUCGUCGGAUCCACGACUUCUUACCUCUGA